AGAAGGAGGAAAAGGGGGAGGUUGUGCCGUCACAUCCGGCAGUGGCGAAGCCGGUGGUUUCCUUGGGUGGUCGCGCGCGCGCGGGACAGAAAGAGACGGCUUUGGCUCGGGAAACCGGCUCCCCCGCCCCGCCAUGGCCUCCCUCCUCAAGGUGGACCCGGAAGUGAAGAUCAAGGUAGACUCUUUCAGGGAGCGAAUCACAGGGGAAGCUGAAGAUCUAGUAGCUAAUUUUUUCCCAAAGAAGCUUUUAGAACUUGAUGCUUUCCUUAAGGAUCCUAUACUGAACAUUCAUGAUCUCACCCAAAUCCACUCAGAUAUGAACCUUCCUGUCCCUGACCCAAUCCUGCUCACAAACAGUCAUGAUGGACUGGAUGGGCCCAACCUGAAAAAGAGAAAACUGGAAGAAUGUGAAGAGACCUUCCAGGGUACCAAAGUCUUUGUCAUGCCUAAUGGGAUGCUGAAGAGCAACCAACAGCUGGUGGACAUCAUUGAGAAGGUGAAACCCGAGAUCCGACUGCUGAUUGAGAAAUGCAACACGGUCAAAAUGUGGGUGCAGCUAUUGAUUCCCAGGAUAGAAGAUGGCAACAAUUUUGGUGUUUCUAUUCAGGAAGAAACUGUGGCUGAGCUCCGGACCGUGGAGAGUGAGGCAGCUUCAUACUUGGACCAGAUCUCUAGAUAUUAUAUCACACGGGCAAAGCUGGUUUCUAAAAUAGCAAAAUAUCCUCAUGUGGAGGAUUACCGUCGCACAGUGACAGAGAUGGAUGAAAAGGAAUAUAUCAGUCUGCGGCUCAUCAUUUCAGAGCUGAGAAAUCAAUACGUGACCCUGCACGACAUGAUCCUAAAGAACAUUGAGAAGAUCAAGCGACCCCGGAGCAGCAAUGCAGAGACUCUCUACUGAGCUGUCAGCACUCUGAACUUAUGAACUGUUCAGUAGACUCAAGACAGUCUUUGCCUCAGUUUAUGUGACUAUCAAGAUGGGGAAACUGGCUGGAAACAGUCCUCGCCACACUUUUAGUUAAAAGUCUACAGAAAUUCUCCUAGCUCUUUCUGGUUGGUUUUUAUUUGGGUCUUGGAUUUGCCCCUCCUGCCCCCCCCCCCCCCCCCCAAAUCUCCAGCACCCAGAAGGUCUGAAUCAGAGCUUCUUUCUUUACUUAGAUGGGAAUAACAUGUUGGCCGAGAGGCCCUGGGCAAGUAUCCCCAAUAGCAGCCCGUAAUGACCCUACUUGCCUGGAAAAAUGUCCCCUUUUAAGUUCCCCCCUUGAUUGGUCAGCAGCAGGGUCACAUACUCCUGAGAGCUGAUCCUUUUUGACCAUGAGCUUCAGCAUUUUAGUCUUCCCAUUAACAAUGCGGUUUGAUGAAUUGAAUACUCAUCUCAGAUGGCUCCUCACAGCCAUCUUUAUGAUCUAUCUGAUCAUGCCAAUUUGAAUGCUCCUUUUUCUUCUUCCAUUGGGUUUCAUUCAUUGCUCUUGGUUUUGAACCCAACCUACACUUUACAGGGCUCUGCAACUAAGUCUUCUUGAUGUGGCUUUCGUCGGAAUUCCUCACACAAUGGACAUUCUCUGGAUUUUGGGUUGGGCAGGGCAGGCCUGCUUAGACUGUUGGUCUGGCCAGAUUGAUUUGUCCAACAGCAGCAUGAUUGAUAGUGUGCUAAAAUAUUUUUCACCUUAGUUAUAUUUCUCUUAUCCCCAGUUAGGGAACCCAGCAGUUCCUUCAUCAGCGGGCCCUUUCUGUGCUUCAAGAGAACCCAGGAAAGUAUGAAUGGUUCGGAAUAAGUCAAAUUUGCUCUUUCCCAGUCUUCAAGGAAGCAGAAAGGGGGCGCCAACUACCUGGGAUGCUGCAGUUUCUCUUGCAAUUUAAUCUUAUAUUCCUCUUGUGCUGUAGUCAUGUGAGUGGUGUUAGAUUUGUAAAAAUAGUGGCAGGAUGAAUCAGGUUUUUUUGGCCCUUUCCCCCUUUCCUUGGUUGUUUUUACAAACCCUUUUGCUCUGCCACCUCCUAAAAGGCACACGAAGCUCAUUCUCCCUGGACUCUAGUGCCAAUGUGUCAUUGUCAUUUGUAGCUGGGCAAGCCUUAGUUGAUCCCAGAGUUAAAGCUCUCAGAAUAUGGCCGUCAUUAAUUAGCUGCUACUGAGAGCAGCCUUUUUCUCGCUCCUUCCUUCUCCUAUGUUUCCUUGUAUCGGCUUCUUUGUUGGAUUGUUCAUAUUUCCUUGCCACAUUGAACGUUAUGUACAACUUUUACUAUGUCAACAAAUUAAAAGUAAUAGGUACUUCGAAUUCA